CGUUCAGUAGACACACGACCGUAGAGCAUUCCAUAUUAAUUAGUUGGUGUUGAAAAACGGUUAAAUCUAAACCAAAAUGGUUCACAGUGUUGGCGAGCAAAAGUUGAGUGUGUUUAGUGCGCGUUAUCGCUGGCAGGUCAUAGCCACCAUGACAGUGCAUAUCAUGACCUUAACCCACGGCAUUGGUGUGGGCUGGUUGGCGCCAUCGCUUCCACUGCUGGGCUCCGAACUGUCGCCGCUCGACAGACCCAUCAGUAUUGAUGAGGCCUCCUGGGUGGGCUCCUUGAUCGGCCUGGGCGCGCUCUCGGGCAAUAUAAUCUUUGGACUGCUGCUGGAUCGUUUGGGUCGCAAAUUGAGCAUGUACUUUCUGGCUAUACCCAAUAUGACCUAUUGGAUUCUUAUCUAUACGGCACAAGAUGUGACGUAUCUAUAUGCGGGUCGUUUCCUAGCCGGCAUUUCGGGCGGCGGCUGUUAUGUGGUAUUACCAAUAUUCGUUGCUGAAAUCUCUGAUAACAACAUACGUGGCGCACUAUCUUCCAUGGCCAUGAUGUAUGUUAGCAUUGGCAUGAUUAUGGGAUAUAUACUCACCACCUAUCUCAGUUAUUAUCUGAUGCCGUGCAUAGCUAUAUUACUGCCAGUUGUUUAUCUGCUGGCCAUCUGUGGCUUAUCUGAGACGCCACAGCACUUGCUGCGCAAGGGACGCAACGAGCAGGCCGAGAAAUCGUAUUACUUCUAUAAAAAUCUGCCAGCAGCACAUCCAGAUAAUGAAUCAGCUCACAAUGAUGCAGCUAAAAAGGAGUUUGAGACAUUCAAGCAACAAGUGCUUAACGGUGGUGUACAGCAAGACGUCGGCUGGAAAGAUUUCUUUAAUCUGCCUACCAUGAAGAUCUUUGCUUUGAACUUUACUUUGCUCGUUUGCAAUCAGCUGUCGGGCAGCUUUGCGUUCUUCAACUACACCUCGCACAUGUUCAACGAGCUGGAGACCCAAAUGGCUGCGAAUACCUGCACCAUUAUAGUGGGUGCUGUUCAGGUCUUGGGCAUAAUAUGUGCCGUUAUUUUGGUAGAUCGUGUGGGUCGGCGGAAGCUGCUGCUUACAUCCUUGGCGGGCAUGGGUCUGGGUGAGCUAGGCAUUGGACUGCUCAAGGAAUUUGCCUCCAAGGAGUUUCUAUCCGGAACCAAUUGGUUGUCCUUGCUACUCAUGUGCUGGGUGGCCUAUAUUGCAUCCCUAGGCGUUAUACCGCUUAUAUUUGUUAUUAUUAUCGAACAGCUGCCCGCCAAGAUACGCUCUCUGGGAACCUCCAUCUGCAUGGCCACGUUGAGCACCUUCAUCUUUGUCUCGCUCAAAAUCUAUCCGAUGAUGAUCUUUGGCCCCGGCCUGCCAGCCACCAUGUAUAUGUCAGCCAGCGUUUGCACCAUCGGAUUUAUCAUAUUGGGUCUAUUUCUGCCGGAGACCAAAGGCAAACAGCUGACGCACUAAUUGUUGACGCGUGUGAAAUAUGUUGAUGAUGACUUCAGCGACGGCAUCAAUCCCAGCGACCACGCCAAAUUGUCGCUUUUGUAUGGGCGACUCAUUGCAUAAGUUGGGAUUACCAUUAUGACUGUGUGUGUGUGCGCACAAAUACAAAUACGGUUACGAGUACUUGCUUGUCAAGAUUCGCCGCCAAAGCAGCUCACUCAACAGCUUGCCACAAAUAGCAUGGGGGCAUGGCUCAUCCUGAACUCUUGAACUUAAUUCAAUUUUAGUUUUUGCGGCUUUUCUGCUGUUGUUGUUGUUGUUGCUGUUGCUUGGCUCAGUUUCGCGUCCAUUGUGUAUGUGUGUAGACGGUCUGUAUGUACCUUUGUUAAAUAUUAUUUAAUUUUGCUUGGAGAAAGUAUGAGCGCUGUGAUAUGAGUUUAAAUUUAGCAUAACCAAAUCAUUUAGCUAUAGUUAUAUAUAUUUCGCUAGACUGAACGUAUUGUGAAUAAAAAACAAAUAGUUCAAUAAGACUUAAGCAUAGCUAACGUAAGUACUACAUUUUAGACACAAUAAACAAAAUACGAGAGAAGAAAUAUUUAAUCUGCUUUAUUUUUUUACAAAUUUCAUCUACAUAUAGAUUCGUCUUUAUCAAGUGUAAUAUAUAAAAAUCGUAAAAUCGGAGACAUUUCCUGGAGACUAAAAAUGACUCGAAAUUUCACUGUGAGGCUUGAAAGUGCAAUCCAAAGAUUUUGAACAAACUUGCAUGGUACCAAAUAAUUAUUUUUAAUCAAAUGCAGUCUGCAGUUGAUAUGAUACUAUGAAAAACGCGGCAAGAAAACAUUUUGGCAGCCGCUUUUUGCGAUUAUGAAAUGAUAAAUGCGAAUUAAUGAAUUCGCUUCAACAAACAAACAAAGACACAUUUAUUCCGAGAAAUUAUUUAUUUCGGCUUUGUUUUAGCCCAAAUGCAAAGGGAUGUGCACGUAAAAGUGAACUUUCUGACAGGAGGACACACAAAUCUCCGUAGAUCUCAGCCCAGAUCACAAGUGAUGAUAAAUGAAGCCCAAGCGUCCAUACAAGACCCACAAAAGGCGCAAUUAACCCCACUUUGCAGCUUGCAUUUGGGCUUUCGGGAGUGGAGUCCACUUAAGUGCAACAGCGUCUGCAAAUGCUGCCUUCAAAUGCAAUUUCAUAAUUUUCACACGUUUUUCGAAACGUCAGCUUUUAACUGGGAGCCGUUUUUACAGUUGCUGACAAGCGGAAAUUAACCGCAAUGAGGAGAAUUUGUAACAGUUUUUUUUUUUGGGUUGCACUCACGAGUGGCUUAAAUGCAAUUUCAGCUAAUUGCGGGCACUGAUUGGAUUGAUAAGCGCAUAUAUUGACCUAGUGCACACAACUCGUCCAACUCCCACUGCGGAUGACUUGCCGGAAGCUAAAAAUGAAAUGAAUCAGAAAGGUGACGAAGACUAAAUACCCUCUCAUCCAUUUUGCUGCUAAAAAAUGUAUUCUAUAACGACAAAAAAAAUACAAAAA